AAACGAACAAAAUGAACCGGUUAACCGAAUUUGAAAAACCUCUGUACUCAAAGCCUCCCGAACAUCCGGGUAUUUGGCAACCGCAUCUGUACCGAUCCCGACCAAUAAAAUCAUCCAUGGAGUCUAGUGAUCCACAUCUGCUCGAUGGUUACGCUUUCAGUAAUCUUUACCUUGAAUCCCCUUCGGAAGUUCCUGUCUUUAGCCAGGCAGACGCAGAGCGGUACGAAGAUUUUGCAUUACGAAUCAAAUAUAUGAACGGGGGAAGAUAUGGCUGUAUUUACCGGGAGCAUUUUGACGGCAAAGCUUUGGGCGUUGAUUGUUUAAAGAAAGAUAUUAUAGAUCGAAGCAAUACGACCUACCGGAGAGAUCUCUGCCAAUCGAACCGGGAACUGGAUUCAGUUGAAGUCAAGAGAAAGAAAAUUCGAACAUCGAAACGGAACGUUCCGUUACCUCGCGGGUGGUAUUUCAAACCGACUUCUACGGGGGCUGCUCACCGGACGUGGGAGGAACUAUCCUCUUUAAUUCAAGCAGCGGCCAACCAAGCAACAAAUAGUACAAACGAUCAUCAAAAAAUAUAA